UGCGGGGAUAGUCCCUGUCUAAUGCACUCCACUGUCUUGGCUUUAAGCGAUGCUGCACCUUUAUGUCAUCAACGUUGAUGCAAUUAGUGAUGCUAUAUAUAUUUCGUCACGGUCCUGGGAUGGUUUUGAACGAAUUAGAUAAGGUGCUUGACAAACAAAUUGAGACAACAUGUGGCUGCAGUCUACUGUCUGGGCUCUUCUUGCUACUGCUGCUGAGCUGGCACAUGCAAGAGGUCCGUUCCUUCAGAUCUUGAACGCGACGCAUUCGGUGAUUGGGAAUGACCACUGGAACGUCACCCAAGGUUUUGCAUAUGCGACGAAGUUGUACCAUAAGAACCAGGAUCUAGUCGGCAAUGCUGUUGGACACUACGUGAGCUACAGUCUGUCUCCCACCAGUAACCACCCAGUUAUAGAUAUAUUGACAGUAUUUCCAGAUGGCGCCGCAAGCGAUCUCAAUUGGACAUCUCCUACAAUUGUUCGCCGCGGACAUGACUUCAUUGAUGUCUCAUUCACUGCUAUAGAAGGCGACUUUCAUUGGAUAAUAAGAAGAGAUCUCGUCGGCGCAUACCAAUACUUCGUAAACCGUGCGCUGCCCACUCUCGGUGAAUUCCGCAGUCUCUGGCGCCUCGACAACACUUCCUUCCCGAACGGACACACGAGUAUCAAAGAUGAAGCACUCCCGCCGCUAUCAGAUUAUGGCAUCUCGACCAAGAUCCAAGAUGAGACGUGGCAGCGCGCUGAUGGGUCGUAUAUCACCAAAUACGACUGGAGCAGCUUCAUCCGCGAAGAGAAGUUCUACGGCGUGUAUGGCCCUGACUUCGGGAGCUGGUACAUCUAUCCCGGUAAAGACGAAUACAAUGGUGACCACCUGAAGCAGGAGCUCAUGGUACACCGUGAGUCCUCAACAGGCGAUGCGGUUCAACUGAAUAUGCUGCACGGGACACAUUUUCAGUCCUCUCCUAGUGACACAUUCGCUGUGGGAAAGACGUGGGGUCCGUGGUUGUGGUAUCUCAACGACGGCAACAAAAGAGAUGCAGCCGCGCGCGCGGCAAGAGAAUACGCGGCGUGGCCAUAUAAAUGGUUCGACGACGCAGUGUACCAGUCCCGAGGCGCAGUGUCUGGCGUUCUGAAGCUCGACGACGGUUCUCCUGCAAGUAAUGCAGCCAUCUUUCUUGGUGACAACAACUCGAACAAAUCGAGUUUAGAGAUGGGCUCGAAAAACUACUACACCACCUACGCAGACGAGCGUGGGCGCUUCUCUUUCCGCGAUGUCCGAGCCGGCACGUAUGGCCUCCGAGCCUGGUCCACCGGGGGCCGGCACUUUAACGUGCCCGGGUUUUACCUACAGAACGAUGUCUCCGUUGUCUCAUCUCGCUACACGGACCUUGGUCGUAUAGUCUGGAAACCACGCUACAAAGAAAGAAGCGAGAUUUUCCGUGUCGGAUCGUUUGAUCGUAAGACGAUCGGCUUCGCGCACGGCGGCGCCCCUUACACGCACGGCUCAUCAGACCUCUGCCCGGACAAUCUCAACUACACAGUUGGAAGGAGUAGGACCGAAGACUGGUGCUUCGCACAAACAGCCAAUGGGUCUUGGGCCGUCAACUUUGAAAUGUCUUGGCGCGAAUCCGUGCGGAGAGCGAACUCGACGGCACUUUUGACCGUGAGCUUGGCAGGAUAUUCGACAGGUACGAGUUCGACAAUAUUCGUGAAUGACGCAAAGGUGGGCAAUUUGACGUCGGGUGGCGGUAGUACGACGGACUAUAACAAGGGAUUGCAGAAUGAUCCGGGCUUGUAUAGGAGUGCGACUACGGCUGGACAAUGGCGGCAAUUUGAGUUCGAGCUACCUUCGGGAAGUCUGAAGGCAGGAUGGAACAGGUUGGAGUUUCGAGUGGAAAGAAGCACGAGAUGGAGAGGAUUUAUGUGGGAUGCAGUAGCGCUAGCAUGGUUGUAAUCUAUUUGAUGUAGAUGCCAGUGUCAAUGAGUACUGAAAUAAG